AUGAACGACGAAAACUGCAGUGAUCGUGUUUCAGUUGCAUUACCGCUUAGCAGAAUCAACCGGUAUGUGGACAAGGCGUGCGAGACGAGCCGGUGCCUCACGGAGGUGGAGGAAGUUUAUUACGCGGGCCACGUCGUUGAGUGCGCCGUCGAAACAGCUGAGAACGCUCGUUUUGACUUUCUGGCGUUUGUCUUGCAAACGACUGCUAUCAACACUGCGCCGCAUGAAGUGAAGAUUACCGUUUGCGACUCAGUGGUAGAUCGAGCCAGCUGUUCGUGCAAAGCAGGAAACUACAAGUGCAAACACAUUGUAGCUGUACUGCUGCAUAUAAAUGCUGCCAAGACUUUUGACAAGCUGUCACCAACUGACCAGCCACAGAAGUGGGGCAAGGAGCACAAAGAGCGUGUAAAACAAAAGUAUGAGCCAAGAGCUAUAGUCGACCUUCCAUGUGCAAAAAAGGUAAAAUCAAAAAGACCCCCCCAGCUGGAAGGCAACAUACUUGAAAGACUUCUGCAGAAUGUGAGCCAUCAGUCUGCAGCAAAAAUGCACUUAGAAAGAGAUACUCAAUUAGAAACAGAAUCCACGUUGAACCCAGCUGUAGAAGCAGGAUGUUCCACUUCUGAGCCAGCACCUAAAGACUUAACACUCAUUGGUUCUGUGAAGGAGUUAAGGAGUGUUCUUGGGAUCAGCAGUGAAGUGACACCAGAAAUGCUGCUUCAACACUUACAGGAAAGCAAGAGUCGUGAAGACAUUAUAAUGAUUGAAAGGUUAACAAGAGAUCAGGGGAAAUGUAGUCUCUGGCUGCACCACAGGGUAGGCAUGAUCACAGCUUCUAUUGCCUACAGCACCCGUGUAAAGACAAAGAUGGGCCCACAUGAUCUGAGAUCAUUGAUAAAAAUGAUGAGGCAGAAUAAUGUCCGUACAGCAACAAUGUGUCGUGGAAGUACACUAGAAGGCAGUGCAAGAAAAUGCUACCAAAGCCAGCGAGCCAGUCAUGAGAACUUGGUUGUGAGGCAGUGUGGACUUUUCAUUAUGGAAGGCCGCCCUUACAUGGGUGCAAGUCCAGAUGUACUAGUAAAGUGCAACUGUUGUCCUGAGCGGGUACUGGAAAUCAAAUGCCCCGAGUCCAUGAAAAAAUUCUUGGAAGAGAAUAUGGAGAAGAACAAAGAAAAAGUUUUGACUCAAAACCUAAAGCGUGCAACCACAUAUUUUUGCCAAGUGGAGGUGCAAAUGGUCAUCACAGGAGUUCCGCAUGCAGAUUUGUUUGUAAUUGUCAAUGAGCAAGACAAUAUUUGCAUUACAGUGCCAUUUGAUGAGGCCUAUUUCAGUGAUGUAGUUGAAAGGUCUUCCUAUUUUUUUGAGCAGUACAUACUGCCACAUGUUCUUUCUACAUGAAAUGCUUUGCUUCUGUUGCACAUGCAAUUUUUAAUGCACUGCGCGUAACCAAACUGCAGCCUCCCUUUUUAAGCCACGAAAAUGACUGAUAUAUGAGGUUUAACAUUCCAACGUGACAAAAGUGUUAUUAGGGAUGGUGUAGGGGGCAGUUAUACAUCAAUAUUGGGUAUAUAAGCACCUUGCUAUUGCCUUUCUCGGUAGGAACACAGCCGAGAAAUCAACCUGCGACCUCAUGUUCAGCAACAGAAUGCCAUUGCCACAGUUAACUCGAUACAUAAACCAUAAGAAAAGUUGCAUGUGCAAUCAGAGAAAGCACUCCUAGAUAGUUUGGACACAUCUGCAGUA